UCUCUUUCUCUCUUUCUCUCUCUCUCUCUCUCUCUCUCUCACUCUCUGUCUAUCUGUCUCUCUUUUAUCCUAUCAUUAUAUUCUUUAUCCUUUCGUUUACAUUAAUUCCUUUUGAAUAUUAUAUUGUGUGCACCGGAUAUAGAAAAAAAGAAAGGAGGGAAAAAGUGCUCGUUCUAUCUCUCUCUCCUCUCUCUCUUUCUCUCUCUCUCUCUCUCUCUCUCUCUCUCUCUCUCUCUCUCUCGCCCUCUUUUUCAUAGUGUGCUUUCAUGAGAGGACCGGUGCUUUCAUGAGGGAUUAAACAGCGAAGAAACAGCGGAGCCGUGAGACCAGUAGCGACAACAUGCGGGAGAAAAGAUGGCUUCUGCUCGCUUUGUUUGGAUUCUUGUUGAUCAACGCGAUCACGGAUGCGCUGAAGGCUACGAGACCGAAAUUUAAAAUUGCAACGACUUCGACGACGACCACGACCGAGGAAUCACGUCUCGAGGAAAACGAGAACGAGGAUGCCGUGACAACGACACCAGCGACAAACUCAUCCGAAGGAAACGUAACUACAGGACACACUUUAACAGGAAUCCCUCAAAUUGAUUAUAUCUGGGAUCCAAAUUUGCCACGUGAAUUGAACGGUUACAAUCUGAGCGAUUAUCCAUUCUACAAUAGCAUUCCCGAGGACAUUGACUUCAAGUGCGACGGCCUACACGAUGGAUUUUAUGCGAGCGUACCUCACAAGUGUCAGGUCUAUCAUCACUGUCUUUUCGGCACUCGUUACGACUUCCUCUGUGCCAAUUUCACGGCAUUCGACCAGAAAACCUUCAUUUGCCAUUUCGUGUCCGAGGUCGAUUGCGCCAAUUCGAAGAAGUAUUGGCAUAGGAACGAUGCCCUCUACAAGGCGACGACCAGCUCGACGACCUCGACGUCAACAACGACCACAACGACUGUCGCGCCGGUCACGGUGGCUUCCUCGUCGAAUGGCCGAGGUUCCUCGCGCGAACGAGAUCCAUUAAGACGAAGAAGACCGUAUUCAAGAAGAAGACCUUACGAUUAUUACGAUGAGGAUUACUACGACGACGAGUAUACUCGGCCACGUGGAUACGACAGACGAGAUGAUUACGAGUACGAAGAUAGAAAAUAUAGGAGAGAUAGAGAUAGAGAUGUCAGGGAUCGCGAUCGUGAUUUUCGUGAUAGAGAUACUACUAGAUCCAGGGAUACAACAAUAAGAGAUGAAAGAGAUCGAGACGUUUCACCUAGAGAAAGAUAUCCAAGUAGAAAUAACAGGAGGGAUCAAGCAAGGCCAAGAGAUCCACCAGAAGAAGACGCAAGAGGAUUGAAGAAUAGAGAACAAGAACAAUCUAGAUCGCGCGAGAUCGAGGAUUCGGAACUGGACGAUCGAAGGAUCGACUCGAGAGGCAGAGACAACGACGAUAGAAGGUAUUCCGAUAAAAGGUUUAGGGAUGAUUACGAUGAUAAGGAUUCUGCUGCUGCUCUAUCAAAUCAAGGAUCGAUAGGUGGUACCGAAGGACUCGUCAAACCAGCUGCUCCAAUCUCUUCUGUAUAUUCCAGACCAAGGGCUCCUCCUAAAAUUCGAAGACCGGUACCAUUAUCCGAACAAGACCGCUACGCUUAUAAGUCUACGUCUGCGCAAUCUACCGAAGAACCACGAAGACGUCCGGUGGAUCUUGAAGACGAUUAUUACGACGACGAACUCGAAGAUAUCAGACCAAUGAGACGACCACUUAGGCGAAGACCGACUUAUAGAGAAAGAGAUAGAGAUCGUGAUUUCUACGACGUCAGGGACAGAGAACGAGAUCGACCCUUCAGAACUCGAUAUCGCGAGGAUGAAGAUGAUAUACGACCCAGGAAGCAUCCUGAUCGCUCGAGAGACCGUUAUUACGAGAGAGAACGAGAAAGGGAUCGUAGUUUGGAGCGUGGUAGAGAUCGAUCGGUCGAUCGUGGAAAGGAUCUCUCCGCUCCGAGAUCCUUGGAUCGCGAUCGUGGAAGAUAUCAAGACACUGAGAGACCGUAUUCCUCGAGUCGACCUCUAGAACGAGAGAGAGACAAUAGGCCGGUGAUAGACGAUAGAUCUCGAUCGUCCUUCAGAUCGAAAGAUUUGUCAGAUACCACGGAGACAUCUAGAAGACCGAUCUCAACGACGAGUACGACGUGCAUGCCGGAAAUGCCAGUACACGAAGUGGAGCCGGAAACAAAGCAAACGUCCGUGGAUCGUUUCGAAAGACCGGAACGCCCAACGAGACCUCUUCAAUCGUAUAACAACAACAAUAACAACAAUAACAACAAUGGUGCUCGAGGAUCGCUGGAAGAUGAAGAGGAAGAUCUUGGUAAGAAAUCUAUCAAAACGCCUCAUUAUACAACCUACCAAGAACGAGAUCAAGAGGAAGAGGAGGAACAAGAUCAUCGAUAUUCUCAACAACAGCAGCAACAGCAACAUCACGCGUCAUCUUACUCGGAUGAGUACUCAUCGGAGUAUUACGACGAGCCGGAAGAUCCACCAAUUCCUCCUCCAAGGACAACCGUGCGUGUCGUCAAGAGACCGUUUUUACCAUCACGAGGUGGAGUUCCCAAUCCUAGAGGACUCUCACCGGUUGGUUCGAAAGCACCGAGAAGAGAAGAGGACAGAAGUACCGAAAGAACUAGCCUACAGCAGCAACAUCAACAUCAACACGAAGAAAAUCAUAAAGAUUAUUACGCCCAACAGGUCCCUGAUCAAGAAAGCAAACGAAUAGAUCAGGACGGUAAACGAGAAGAGGAAAAACAAACGUAUGACGCUUACAAAGUGAUACAGAGCGAUCUCCAACAGAAACAGAGACAGGAAGAAUAUGAUAUGUCUAUAGCCAGACCGAUAUUACGUAGACCCGUCGAGAGACAACGCGAAGAGGAAGAAACGAAAUCAUUGGAACAAAAUCCAAUACCUAAAUCGGCUACCACAGAAUCUUAUGAAGAAACUCGAAAAACACUCGAGUCGGAUGUACCGACGAGUAACAAAAAAUGGUCUACCGAACAAUUUACUAGUAACAAGGAAAACAACGAUGGUAUAGUGCCAACGUCCUCGGGAUCACCGAUUCGUAGCAAAAGCAGACAACCCGUAACUGAAAUUUCCAAUCUCUACAGCUCGACGUAUAAAGCGGAAGAUAUUCAUGAGCAACCUUCCGGACCAAGUAGUUUCCGUGUAAAACAAAGGAUAAACGAGGUGACCCAUAAACUUCAAGAUAUUCCAGACAGCGAGUACGACGUAACGUUAAACGAUGCACUGACACCGACGUUAACUCAAGAAGCCAACUUGCCCAGUGGUUUCGUUUUACCUCUUCACAGACAACUCGGUAGAGACACGGUUUUACAAUCCUCGGAGGAUAAUUACAAAAUUUCCAGACCGAUCGCUCAACAACAACAACAACAGAAACCAUUCGUACCGAGUCCACAAUUCGUUCCAGCUCCAGCUGUCCCAAACGAGAGACAACGAACUGUUUAUUAUAGAACACCGGAACCAAUCUCAUACAAUGGACAACAUUACAGACAACAAAGUCAGCCUUGGCAAGAUUAUACCGGUUAUUAACGCAGGAUAAUCAUCAAUUCGUCAUAAAAAAAAAAAAGAAUAAGAAGAGGGGAUGCGAAGAAAAAUUAGAAGAAAAUCGAUCACGUAACAAACUCAAAGAUUUCCAAAGUAUUCCCUUAAUUUCUUAGUUGUUCAUUAUUCACGUACGAAGAUUCUCAAACGAGAUUGGCUCGUGACAAGAGGAAUCGUAUGUGAAUGAUAGAUAUAUUUCGUAGGGUUGGACGAUCAGAUCCUUUGAUGUCUUUCAUUCCAAUUAACGUAACGCGAUAAUCAUGCUAAAGAAAUGUCACGAUACAAUUUUCAAUAUAGAAUUAAACGAUUAGCGAUAAGAGAGAAAAAAAUGAAAAAAGUAAAAAAAAUAAAAAAAAAAAUAAAUAAAAAAAAAUAAAAAUAAUUAAGAAGACAACAAUUCAAUUACAUCUCUGCGUGAAAUGUCGCAGAGAAAAAAAACGCUCGUUUCAUUACUUUUUCUUUUAUAAUAUUUUAUUUAUCCAGAGUUGCCGUAAAUCAAGUCGUAGAUGAAAAAUUCCAAGUAAAAGAUAUUUACAUCUUUUGUCGCUCCUAUAAAAUUGAAAAAAUCUAUUCGUCUCUUUGAUCAAACAACAAAGUAGAUGGUCUACAUGUAACUUCGUAUUUCCUUAACAAUCCCCAUAGCGUGCAUUAAAUAGGAAUCCUCGUCUAGAACGUUUUAGUUAUCUAAGCGUGUUUAUUUUCUAAACUACGAUAACUUUUGAGAUUUCUUUCACGUGGCCCCCAAUUACUACUUCUUUAGAGACGUAAAGAUAACUUAGAAAAUGUAGUAGGCGAUGAGAGACCCUUUGUUUGGCCUUCGUUUCGUCGACUAAACUUGUAAAUACACGUGCGAUUAUCGAUAUUCUCUCGAAUUUAAUUAUAUCUUAAGAGCGAUAAAUUAUAAAGUGCUUUUCUAUAAAGAGA